CGCCCGGAAGCAGCUAUGGAGCGGGGCGUUUUGUGGCUCCGCGGCCGAGGGAUGAUCGGUGGCGGCGGGAAACGGAGGCUCGGCGGGCAGGGGCGGCAGUGUGAAAAACCAGUUGAUGUGAAGAAGAGUAAAUCCUGUGAAGCUGAUGUCUCCAGUGACCUUCGGAAAGAAGUAGAAAGUCAUUAUAAGCUCUCUCUACCUGAAGAUUUCUAUCACUUCUGGAAGUUCUGUGAGGAGCUUGAUGCUGAAAAGCCAGCUGAUUCACUUUCUGCAAGCCUUGGACUUCAGUUAGUGGGUCCUUAUGAUAUCCUUGCUGGAAAACAUAAAAUGAAAAAAUCAACAGGCCUGAAUUUUAACCUUCACUGGAGGUUUUACUAUGAUCCUCCUGAGUUCCAGACCAUUAUUAUUGGAGAUGAUAAAACUCAGUACCACAUGGGGUAUUUCAGGGAUUCUCCUGAUGAACUUCCUGAAUAUGUUGGUAUAAAUGAAGCAAAGAAAAGUUGUAUGAUUGUUCCUAGUGGAGAUAAUGUGUUUGCUGCAGUCAAAUUAUUUUUGAUGAAAAAACUUAAAGAAGUAACAGAUAAAAAGAAAAUUAACCUCUUGAAAACCUUAGAUGAAAAACUCACAGAAACAGCCAGAGAACUGGGAUAUUCACUGGAACAGAAAACCAUGAAGAUGAAACAGAGAGAUAAGAAAGUUGUGACAAAGACCUUUCAUGGUGCAGGCUUGGUUGUUCCCAUAGAUAAAAAUGACGUUGGGUACAGAGAGCUCCCUGAAACGGAUGGUGACCUCAAGAGAAUUUGCAAGAAAAUAGUUGAGGCUGCCAGUGACGAGGAGAGACUGAAAGCUUUUGCUCCCAUCCAGGAAAUGAUGACCUUUGUGCAAUUUGCAAAUGAUGAGUGUGACUAUGGCAUGGGCCUGGAACUGGGGAUGGACCUCUUCUGCUGUGGUUCCCAUGUAGUAGGUCGAAGACAUAUUCCAGGGACAGCAGUGAGAGAUGAGAAGAGGCCUGUGCAUAUAGUGGCCACAGAAAAGUACCCACAGCCUGUUCUUAACCCUUGUUCCCAUUGUAAACUUUGUUCAUAUCUCCACAUUGGUAAGUCUGAAUCAAUCUAUAAAUGUCACAUUAAAAAGGUAAAAUUAUUUAAGUGCAAUAUUAACUGAUCUGUAUUUUAUAAAUUUUAAUCCAUAAAAAUAUAAAUAAGAAUGGUAAAUUUUUAAGAAAAGAAAUAUACAUUAGUGCAAGUUAAGAAUUACAUUUCUUCUUCAGUGUCAGCGAUAAAAUACCUUAAGGAAAGAAUGAUUGAUCUAAUUUUAAGAAAAAAAAAUUCCAGUGUUUUAACAUGCAUUUAAUUAUCAGAUCCAGCUAAACAGAAUACUUCCUUCUCUUUACUGUUGAGGCAGCAGCAUUUUGUUUAAUUAUGCUGAACAGCACUUGUAUAUAUCAUAGUAGUUUUAGAAAUAGAAAAUUUGCAUCAGACCAAGUCACAUUAUCCAUUAAUGUCUGAGAGACUUAAAAC